AUGGCCCGCGAUGGCCCGUGCGUGACCUCCACAUCCAAGCCUCGUGCCUCGAAGACUCGCAUAAAGUCAAAUCGAGAUAUCGUGUUCAUCCUCGCUUUGUGCUCGAUGGUAUUUUCCUUGCGCUCCAUACGCCAUAGCCCUGUAUCAUAUGUGAUCACUCAGCAACUGAACCUUGCGUCUUCUAGCGCUAAAGUCAACAUGACACGCCGCAAUAUCCAGCCGCCACGUUCGAAACCAACUCACUUUCUCUGUGUGCCCUUAAUCAACUCUGCCUCCCUGCUACAGCUAGAAUCGUCACUGGCAGCUUUCAAGGAUGAGUACCCGCCGGUGUCUUCAGAAAGCGCAACUUCCGGCACAAUCCAAUCAGCGGAUGGCCAAUCCAAAGCCUCGCCUAUCCCCGAAGGCGCCCAUCGCCCUUUAGGAACCCUGCAUCUCACGUUAGGGGUGAUGUAUCUACCGAGUCCGGAGAGACUUCGCGCUGCGAUUGGCCUCUUUCAAUCUCUCGAUUUGGCUGCGAUAAUGCGCGAAGCCGAGUCAUUGGCGAUCCCACCCGAUGACGCAGCUCGUCCAUGGCACACAGAACACUCUGAGCACAAAGCAAAGCCGCUGACGAGCCCCCUCUCUGUCUCCUUAGAGUCCUUACAUCCCCUGCCAACAGCAAGGAAGGCCACUGUUCUUUAUGUAGAGCCGUUUGAUCCAACUGGUCGUUUGUGGGCAUUUUGCGUGCUUCUACGAAGGCAUUUUAUCAAAGCGGGGUUCAUAGAAGGGGGUCAACAUCCGCCAGGAAAAGGCGCUGAUCUCACAAGCCAGCGGCCUGGCGAAGUUGCAGACGAGGGUGCUCGGCCACUCCUGUUACAUGCUACCAUCGUGAACACUUCUUAUGUUCGCCGCAAGCCAGCUCGGUCGAAAUCCCAGAACAGCCCCAAAGAGCCGAAGAGGCUGGAAAUGGAUGUAAGAUCUUUACUGAAGCACUACCAAAGUUAUUAUGCCGAUGAGGCACGUACUGUGCGACAAGAGGCGGAUGCAUCAUCUGAUACCAGCUUGCAAGCUUCGGGCGAAUCUCCCGCGGAGCAACUCCGCCCGAAGUACCCGUUUGUCUGGGCAAAAGAUGUCCCUAUUCAAUCAGUCUGCAUUUGUCAGAUGGGUGCAAAAGAUAUCAGUGCGGACAAUCCGGUGCCUGGAGAUCUCUUGGAUGGAGAUCAAUUUAAAUUCGAAAAUCUGCCAGCACGACUUGGGCAGCAGUAUGCUGUGAUAUCGAAGCAGGAUUUGAAUUUCUGGGAAGCAUAA